AUGCAUGUGGAGGUGGAUUACCAUGGCGCAGUGAAUGCGGUGGCGACGCAGGAGAAUCCGCCCUGGGGCCUCGACCGCAUCGACCAGAAAACCCUCCCAUUGAACAAUGAGUACACCUACCUUGACACCGCAGGUGACGGCGUCGACAUUUACGUCGUCGAUACCGGAAUCAACAUCAACCACACGGAAUUCGAAGGCCGAGCUGUGUGGGGCGUCACGGUGCGCACGGAUGGGGCGCCGGAUUAUGAUGAUAAUGGUCACGGAAGCCACGUAGCAGGCAUCGCAGGCGGCAAAACGUACGGGGCCGCCAAAGCCGUGAAACUGAUUGCUGUCAAAGCGCUGGACGGGAAUGGCGCGGGCCCGUUCAGUGAACUGAUUGAUGGGCUACAGUGGGUUGCACGGACGGCGCCGGGAACGGGAAGACCUUCGGUUGUCAAUCUCUCAAUCCAAGGCGCGGUCUCGCAAGCCCUCAAUCAAGCAUGCACGGGCCUCAUAACCCUGGGUAUCCACGUUAUCAGCGCCACAGGAAACUCGGGCGAAGACGCCUGCGGGUACUCGCCCGCCGUCAUCGCCCCACAGACGGCUAUCAUUUCCGUGGGCGCAGUGGAUGAUACGGAUGCGGUGCCGCCGUUUAGUAAUUAUGGGGCUUGUGUUAGUUUGUUGGGGCCGGGGGUGAAUAUUCUUAGUGUCGAUGGAUGUAAGGGAUGAAC